AUUGGUUGAUAAAAAUGCGUUAAUGUUUGCAGUAAAAAUGUUAAAGGUGGUGAUUGCUCAACGAAUGAGCGUGAGGUAUGCUGGCUGGAAUAUAUUUGGGAAAGGAUCUAAUAAAGCAGACAUGUAUGAGUUGCCCGAGGAAAGUAAAGAAAUGGAAGAGUAUCAACAGCAAAUACAGAAUCUUGAGAGUGAAGUACGAGAAGAAUAUUUAGAAUCAAAAAGAAAUAAAUCCAGACUUUCUGCUUCUCACAGACAAAUACUGCAGGGAUCUGCACCUUACGAGGGAACUAUUUUUCAAUAUAGUAAUAACCAUAGGUCGCGUAAAUUUAAGCGUGGGUUGUUGGGAAGGUACGGUACAAAAUCUGGAGUUAACCCGGGCAUCGCCUGGCCUACGGAGAAAGAUUUAGAUUUAGGUAUGACAAAUAGAAAUAGUGAUUUAAUAUGGGUCUUUUUUUCCUUCUUUACCCGGAUGCGGGUUUUUAUUCUUUCCUUAGCUGGGUACGGUUUUAUGCUAAAUUUGAUCGCUGUAAUAUUGUCGGAGCUGAAGGCUGAGUUCGGAUACGACGUGAACCCUGAGGAUGAAAUAAUGAAGAACAGAAUAGCGGAGAGGGAGAAGGUUCUGGUGAAAGAGGAGAGAGAAAGAAAGAAAGCGGCGAGGGCGGAGAAAGAAAAGGAAAUGAAGAUGAAAUCGUGAAACUAGUCUGUUGGUUUAUAUAUGUCUAAAUCCAUUUAGUGAGAUCACGAUCUCGUUGCAUCGGAUAAUAUUAAAGGACUUGUGACAUAAUUUCAAGUGACCUCUCAUUAAA